AAUUUUCCCAUACAACACUCUGCGUUCAGCAUGGGCUUCUUUUGCAGCGAGGAGAUGGACCUGUGCCUGCUGCUGCUGCACAUGGAGAAUGCCUUCGAUUGCCUCAUGGAGCUGGGACACUACGGCGGCAUGCAGUUCAAUAAUGUCUUUGACGAGGAUCACAUCAUGAACGGCCUCUAUACGAAGCGCGUGGUGCUCUGCAGCGAUCUGUUGCGCAUUGUCGACUAUCUGGAGGCCCAGCUGAAGCAUGCGGAUAUCAAGGAGGUAUAUUAUGCGGACGUGGAUACAGUGCAUCGGCCACGUGAAUCCAACAUAAUUCGAUAUGAUCAUAAGCUGCGCCGUGUGCACGAGGAGGCGACAUCGGUGAUCGAGCAUGUGACAACGCUCGAGAAGCGUUACAACUAUAUGAUUGAGAAGAAUUUUGCGCUGAGACAUGCCAAUGAAUUCCUGGAGGUGAAACGGAACAGUAAAGCCCAGCUGGUCUACACGGAGAGCUCAAUCAUUAAUCUGUUGAGGGAUCAGUCGCAGAUCGAAGGGCAUAGCUCGCAAUUGAAUUAUAUACUGGGCAGCAUCCAUGUCGAAAAGUUUCCAGCCUUUGAGCUGCUCAUCUAUCGUUUCUAUGGACGCAAUGUCCUGGUCCGGCACACAGACUCGCCAAGGACGAGCACGAACUCGAAGGGCCAGCAGAAGGAAAUGCCGCCCAAAUAUGUGGUGCUCCUGAUGACGACGGCGGCGGCGUUUCGGCAUAAAUUAUUGAAAAUCUGCCAGGCAUUUCAAGUGGUGAUCUUUGAGUGCCCGGAGAGUCCGACCCAGCGAAUGCUUAUGAUCGAGCAAUUGGCCAAGGAUAUUAACGAUUUGGAGCUGGUGCUGGGCGAGACGCGCAAAGCCCACGAACGUUUGCUAACAAUCAUUGCCAACGAUCUGUAUAUAAUGCGCAUUAACUUGCGCAAAAGCCUGCGAAUCUAUGAUUUACUAAAUCGUCUGUAUCCGAUCGGCCCGCAGGAUCGUAAAAAAUAUCUGCAAGUCGAAUGCUUUACGCCCAAAAUGUUAACGGACGAGGUGCGGCGUGUCCUAAACAACGGCAUCCAUGCGACGGGCGAUGAGGAGAAGUACACGGCGCCACUGCUGAUCAAACGUACACGCCCACAGCGCCACAUGCCGCCCACAUAUUUUCAGCUGAAUAAGUUUACGCAGGGCUUUCAGAAUCUGAUCGAUGCGUACGGCAUCGCCGACUAUCGUGAACUGAAUCCGGCUCCCUAUACGAUAAUAACGUUUCCCUUCCUCUUCGCAAUCAUGUUCGGUGAUAUGGGCCAUGGCAUUCUGUUGACGCUGUUCGCCUGCUUCAUGAUCUUUGAGGAGAAACGCAUCGAGCAGGAGAAUCGGACGACAGUUAGCGAGAAUGAGAUCAGGAAUAUCUUAUAUAGCGGACGCUAUAUCAUUUUACUAAUGGGCAUAUUUUCCAUAUACGUUGGCUUCAUCUACAACGACAUCAUGUCGCGGCCCAUUAACCUAUUUGGCUCCAGCUGGAGCUGUGUGUACAAUGAGUCCACCCUGAUGGGCAUGACCUCACAGCUGACAUUGAAUAGCAAUGAUCCCAAAUUCUACUCGGGCCAUCCCUAUCCCAUCGGUGUCGAUCCGAUCUGGAAGAUCAGUGGCGAGGAUUCCAUCACAACGUUCAAUUCACUCAAAAUGAAACUGGCCAUCAUAUUGGGCAUUGCCCAAAUGAUGUUCGGCCUCACAUUGUCGGCGGUCAAUUGCAUCCAUUUGAAGCGCAAGGCUGAUCUAUUUCUAGUCGUCAUUCCGCUCAUCAUCUUUAUGAUGUGUUUGUUCUGUUACCUCGUCUUUCUCAUCUUCUUCAAGUGGCUAACGUAUGGGGGCUUGAAGCAGGCGCCAUACAAUUCAGCGUGUGCCCCAUCUGUGCUCAUUACCUUCAUCGACAUGAUGCUGAUGAAGACCACGGAGAUGGAGGUGAAGACCUGCAACACGGGCAUGUUUCCACAUGAACGCACAUUGGAAUAUGUUCUCGUUUUUAUAGCCUUAGCGAUGGUGCCGGUGCUAUUGGCCGGCAAACCGAUCUAUUUGACCUGUCGCCAGAAGCAAUUGAUGAAGCAUCACAGGAGGCACCAUAAUUCGGAAGAACUGCAUCGCAGCAGCAGGAAUACACUCAAGGAAAUGCGCUCCUCGUUGCGCUACACCAUCGACUUUGAGGACUACGAUCGUCGUUCGUCGCCAAAGCUGUACACGCUCGACGAUGCCCUUGAGUUCGAUAUGUCCGAAAUUUGGAUACACUCGUGCAUCCAUACGAUCGAGAGUGUUCUGGGCUCUGUUUCGCAUACGGCCUCGUAUUUGCGCUUGUGGGCCUUGUCCCUGGCCCACAGUCAAUUGUCCGAUGUCCUGUGGAAUAUGGUGCUCGAGAGGGGCCUGAAGAAUACGUUACCCAUCUAUUUUGCCGUUCCCAUACUAAUUGCAGCCUUCUUCGUUUGGAGCAUUUUAACUGUUGCCAUUUUGGUCAUGAUGGAGGGUCUCUCAGCAUUUUUGCAUACCUUGCGCUUGCAUUGGGUGGAGUUUCAGUCCAAGUUUUUCAAUGGUACCGGCGAACCAUUUCGCACCUUCUACUUCCCACCCUCCACUAUACGUAGUUAGGAGAAGUUUUUAACGAAAAUUUAUGUGUAAUAGAUAUGUUUUUG